GGGAGGAGCUCGGAGCACGGGAAUAGAACAGGAAAGCUUGAACGUUAUAGAACUAAACCUGCACUUGACAAGAGAACACGUCUCUCCUUUUGAAUUUCAAAUACAUUCCGCAACGAUAUCUUCGCAGAUAUUAAGCACCAUCUGAGUAGGGUGAAGAUAUGGCUGGCACCAAGGACUCGAUGCCAUUGGUGGUUGCAUACGUGUCGGCUGUGCUGGUUGGUUGCGCAUGGUGCUGGGAAGGGGCGUGCCCGCAAGAUGGUUGGCACAAACCUGAGCCUGGUCCGCAGCCAGACCUGAAAGACUGCAUGCUGUACGAACAGAAUUCCUGCUGUUCUCAAGAGCACAUUGAAGACAUUUUAAACUCCCCAACCACUGUAAUGGCCAAUGAGUCUUGGGAUGCGUGUGGCUCUCUUAGCCUAAGCUGUCAGGACUUCCUGAAGCGGGUGGCCUGUUUUCAGCGCUGCUCUCCAGAUCGCAUGCUCUGGGCCCACGCCGAUCACCCAGGUGACAUUCAGGCCACACCCCUCUGCCACAGCUUCUGUACAGACUGGUUUGAAGCUUGCAAGAAUGAUCUGACUUGUGCACGGAACUGGACAACCGACUGGGCAGGGGUCAACUGUACUGGGCCCUGUGUGCCUUUCCAUCAGAUGUACAAGGACGAGCGUGAGCUGUGUGACCACCUGUGGGGCGACGCGUUCAUGGCGGAGGACGGGGAGGACGGAGGCGACGCAGGUCCGUGCUGCCUGACGCUGAGCCUCUCUGACAGGGAGGUUAUCCACGCCGUGCGCCAGGGCCAGCAGGCCACCAAGAGAGGCCGCCCUCUCGGCAGGCCCUGCCACCGCCGCCCGCAGCCCACAGCGCCUCCGCAGGCCCGGAGGGGAGCGGUUAGCAAGCGCUCGGUCGCCAAGGACGACGCAGAAGGCAGUGGCAGCGGCUUCUAGAAACCCCAGGGAUAGGCUUUGAAAAGCACACACAUUUUUAACCCGCCCCUCUUCAAAUAACAACGAUAAAACACAGGGACUAUUAUUUAUAGCGGUGAUCAUUUUCUCCUCCCCUGUAUCCCAGUGUAAUUACGGCAGGAUGGUUGGAUUAUUCAGGUGUAAAGCACCUGGGUAUGGCUGGGUGGGGAGACACAGCCGAAUGUUAAUUCCACCAGCGUCUGGAAACCCCGAUUUGCACUUUAUUCUUAAAAUUAAACUAUGCAGAAAAUUCAACAACUGAUGGUCAUCACGUCACAUACACCAAGCAUGGAAAGAUACCAUUUAAAUUGCAUCACGUACACUUAUAUACACAAUACUACACAUGCUGCAAUGCUUAGAAUGAAUAUGACAUACCAUGAAAACAUCUCCCCAUAUAUACCAUAAAUAAUGCCUAUAGAACAUUAACCAGAAAUAUCACAGUACACUGCAUAUACACUGCAUAUACCCUUCUUAACUUAUAUGCCAUCUGUUGCAAGCCCAAAUGCCACAUAACAUAUUGUAUGAAUAUUGCUAUCUGCAUUAAAAUUGUUUUUUUUCCUUUCAAAAGUAAUGGUUUUGUGACAGGAUGGGGUGAUGUUAGCGAAAGAGUGCGUGUUUAGUCACAUUCUGAGCCCCAACAAAAACAGGGUUGCAGGAUUUGUGCCAGCGUGCACUGCUCCUGGGCAUGCUGGAUAUGCUUGCUUUUUCCAGCCAGGCACUCGGGUGUAGGUUUCUAAACUGAUGUACACGCCACUGCUGGUCUAUUCCCAUAUCAGACCACAGUCAUCAUAGAUACAUGUGCACUCUGUAGCUGUAGCUCAUGAUUUAAAAAAUGUAAAAAUCAAGAAAAGACUAAGAUAACGCAGUAGUAAAAUAAGAACAGUACUUGGCAUUCAGUCCUACAAUUGAUUAACUCCCUAUGUGUACCCCUGAUUUUUUAUGUAUUUAGCAUGUGAAAUGUAAGGGUGAGUGGACUCCACUGUAAAAACCUGUCGGAUCAUUUCUGUUCCUCUGUACUGCAAGUGCAGGUCUUUUAGAACCUAGAAACAAAAGUCUACCUGUAACAGAACAACAGCAACACACCCCUUCCAAAGAAUCAAUAAAAUUACCUUCAUGACUGGAAGGAAGCCUCCAUGGGCUUUCACAUGAUUAUGAAUAUUGAUAUUAAUUAUGACACAAUAAUUACGAAACAAUAAUGACAGGACACAAAUAUGGACCUUGUGGUUUAGCCAAAAGGAGAGUUGGCGCUAGGACUCCUGAUUCUACUUAUUAUGGUCAGGUUUGGAUCAGGUUUUAUAGCGCUGGGCUAAAAGAAAAACAUUUACCCACACCAGCCCUUUUUGGACAGGACUGGCCACCCCUGAAUCUGAUGAAAUAAUCAAAAGAUACUCCUGCAUAGCCUCAACCCCAAAUGCAUGCAUUUCUAGAUUGUCUGGAAAGGAGUUUUGUGACAUUGGUUUCCUGUAAUCCAGUUUAUUCUGGUUUGUUCUGGCAGGUUUUAGCCAGCAUUAUGUCAUAGGCCAGUGAUUGAGUUGGCCGAGAUUGCCACCUCUAAUUGAAACCUCACCUACAAGGGAUUGUGAUUCAAAAGAUGAAAUAACUGACUCGGUCUCGUUAGGAAACCACAUCCAUUGAGGUUAGACUUAUUUUGACUCACACCAGUGUGUUCCUUGUCAGACGCAUAGUGUCAUGGUCUUUAUUAGUCGGAGUGAGGCUGCUCUCCAGCAAACCCAGCUGGUUAAAAUACAGGGAAAAUAAGCAUGGACAUGCUGAUGCUUCUUUGUCUCAGUGUAGAAUUUGUAUGGAGAUGAUUUCUCUUGUCUUGCUGAAGUGCUCAAUAAAGAAUAGAUUUAUGCAAAA